AUGUCUACGUUACCCCAACCGUCGCGGCCCGCCGCGAACCCUUCGACGGGGUCCUUACCCCCGCUCUCAGCACCGAAAUCGAGAAAGAGUUUACCAGUCUCAUCUGACCACGCGAGGGCGCCUUCUCCGUCCCCGAUUUCUUCCAAAAUACGUGCCUCUCCUAGCCCAAGGCCAUCACUUAAUAAGACUGCACUGUCUAACUCGGCUUCCAAUCUGAGCUCCUCCAGGUCAAUAUCCGCUGGCCGAACUCCAAGCAGUCCCGAUAAAUCGCUACGCAGGACUAUUAGUAUUGCGGCAUUUCCCCAACCACCAAAGACAGGAAGUCGUCCUUCCACUGCAUCAUCAAUAUCAGGUAUUCAGAGUCUUCGCUCCUCUGGCAGUGUGAAGGUCAAAAGGAACUCUAGGUUAAGUGUGGGGACCAGCAGCAGCUACCGAAGUUCACAGACCCCAUCCUUACUGAAUGGCGGUGAUAAUAAAUCGAUUGUUGGUACAGAGGCGCGAGAUCCAGAGGCUUCACCAUCGCAAAGCCGGAGCUCUUCUGCCCAAGGGUCAUACUCGACAAGCGCAACCACUUUCGAGGAUGCAGAUGAUGUAACGGGUGCCCUCAAGCCUCAUUCGAAACCUAAGGAGGCCAAAGGGAACGUUAUAGUUAGUGUUCGAGUGCGCCCUGAUGUACACGGCACCGAGACAUCAAAAACCAAUAGCGAAUGGGCAGUGGAUGCACGUCAUAGCCUUAUCACGUUUAGCGGAAAGGAAGGAGGCGAUUAUUAUUAUGGUAACAAUAGCCCCUCAGCCAAUCCUUCUGCACAAAGGCUUACCCUUGUAUGUCAGAUAACGGUAAUGGAAGGUUAUCAUGGUACCGUCUUUGCAUACGGCAUGACUGGAACUGGUAAAACCUUCUCGAUGCAGGGAACUGCUACCUCUCCAGGGGUAAUCCCACUGGCAAUAACCGACAUAUUUUCCUUCAUCAGGGAGACUCCACAUCGAGAAUUCCUGCUUCGCGUUAGCUACCUUGAGAUCUACAACGAGAAGAUCCAUGACCUCCUUUCAGCCUCUGCUUCUGGCGGUGGUGGUUUGCCUCUCCAGCAGGAAGAAAUAAAGCUGCGCGAAGAUAGUAAACGAGGCGUGUAUGCUACUCCACUGAAAGAAGAGAUCGUACAAAGCCCGACACAACUUCUUCGUGUAAUUGCGAGGGGUGACCAUGCAAGAAGAACUGGAAGCACGCAGUUCAAUGCUCGCAGCUCCCGAAGUCAUGCAGUUGUCCAAAUCGUUGUUGAGAGUAGGGAACGAGUGCCCGCGGGCGCCACUCAGGACAGGCGAUCGGGCAUAGCCCCGGGAGGAGUCAGAGUAUCCACGCUUAGCUUGAUAGACUUAGCAGGAUCCGAACGGGCAGCUGACGACAAGGAACGGCGCACAGAAGGUGCUCACAUAAACAAAAGCUUACUUACCCUUGGGACUAUCAUAUCAAGGCUUUCGGAAACUAAGGACAAGGCUGGUAACCCGACUGAUCGCGACGGCAGACACCUGCCAUAUCGUGAUAGCAAACUCACGAGGUUGUUACAGCCAGCUUUGUCAGGGAAUUCACUAGUUAGCAUUCUUUGCACUGUUCAUCUUGGCGUAACCGGCAAUUCGAAUUCUGGCGAAACACUUAAUACUUUGAAAUUCGCGGCGCGAGCUAAAAACAAUAUCGUCAGCCACGCCAAACGGGCAGAAGAAGCGCUUGGUAGUGGUAGCAGUGACGCAGGCAGCCGUGUGCUUCUAGAACGCUACCGAAUGGAGAUUCAGGCCCUUCGAAGCCAGCUCGAGAGUCAAACGAAAGCACAAGCUGAGAAAGAGUUGAAAUUGGAAGAGCAGCAACUAGAAAAGGAGGCACAGGCACGCCACGAAGAGCAAAUGUUGGAAAUGCAAUUAGCUCGAACCGCUCUCAAAGAGCGCAUAGAGCAUCUCAAUCGGCUCAUUCUUUGUUCAAAAUCCACUGGUGUGAACAGCCAGGGAGCGAUGUCUACUCUCGGUCGACUAUCAAGAAUGUCGGCUGCCGAAUCGGUGGCUCGAUCUUUACGCUCUUCAGUCAGCCAGUCAACAUUGGGUGCGUAUGGGACAUCGUCUGUGCGGCCUGCAUCAUUCCUCUCCGUCAACAGUAACGAAGCUUUACCUUUCUCGAGUGGUUCAUUUGGCAACGAUGAGGAGGAAGAUAUCGUGGGGGAAUUUGCGGACGGAAAAGCAAGCGCUCAGAGGCAAAUCAUAGCCCUUCAGGCCGAUUUGAGUGACAAAAAUCGGUAUAUCUCCACUCUUGAGAGACGCCUCUUGCAGGCCCGGCGGUCCAGCCAUUCGCGAAUGUCAAUAGGCGUUAAAGCUGGGAGUGCAACUUCUGAAAGUCCAGAUAUGGCGGCUUUGCUACGUGAAAAGGAUAUGGAAAUCAACGAACUUCGACAACAGUUAGACGAUAAGGAUCGGAUGCUCGCUGCGCUCCGCUCUGCUGCCCGGCACCGAGACCUUGCGCAUCUCGCUACCGAUACAGACCUCAAGGAUAAAGGUGAGUAUCGAAGUGCCGACCCAGAUGUGAGCGACUCGCUAGCUAGCGACCAUAUGGCCAGUAUCCCUCCGCCUCACAAGGAGGACGAACUAAAUGACAGGAAAAAUAUGGAUGAUGAAAUGUCACGAAUCCUCAAUGAGAUGAUCCAAGAUCGGGUUGACAGUGGCCACUUAAUCAAGGGUUCCCAUGGGAGUGUCCGUAUCGCUACCGAAAGUCGACGGCCUUCUGACACCACGACGCCUGUUCAAAGCUUAACUCCAAGUAGCACUAUCCAUGACAAUAUCGAUCAUGAUUUCCAACCGGGAUAA